AUGACAACGGAUUCGGAAGAGGACCCUUUCCGCUAUGACAAAGACACCUACAACAUCUUCCUCCAUCCAUCCAAGGAGCGGGAUGUCAGUGCAGCUCUCAACCAUAUCAGUGGCCUUAGCUCGCACAGCCGGGCCACUCUCUACACUCAAGAUGACGACCAUCCUGCUCGCCAAUUGCCGCUUCGACCGCCUCCGAUCCCCAAAUACCUCGGUGAAGACCCCUUUCUCACAGGCCCUACCCGGGCACGCUCUCUGACCCCUGAGAGUGCCGACGGAUUCUACGAUACCUCUAUCAUCCAGCCGAAUUGGGCUGUCGAGCGCAGCGCAUAUGAAGUGAAGGUUGUGCUUCAGGAUGUGAGCCUCAAUCCCAGCGUCAGUGGUGGCCACCGCUUGAAGUUUGGCCAAGGAAGUACUAUGACAUCCGAGAAGCCUCUGCCCCCAUGCGCACAAAAUCCAUUCCAAGCCGGUAGCCUCUACCGGCGGGAGAAAGAAAACAUGCCUUCGAGCGAGCGGGAUGAUUGGGAGACCGUGGCCACGACGGCACCUGGUUUUGGAAGCAUGAGACUGCACCCUCCUCCGGAUCGAGAACUAGGGGCCUACAAUUCGAAGGGAGCCAAAUUCACUGGAAGCAGUGUGGCCGACGUCUCCGAUGACAGUAGAUUUAACGACGUACCUUUCGACGAAUAUGCAUCCACGGAUCGCAUUGUACAGCAUCCAAGUGGGCAUGAAGACUCAGAAGAGAGCCUGCAGAUUCAUAACAUAAGCGGCAUCAAUGUUCCCGUCAUGGUACCAAAGCAUCGAGUCCACCGGGUCAAUGGCUAUCCUCAGAAUCCAUCGCGCGCGUACCCAAACUCGCAACGCUCUGGAAGCGACGCGGCCGCUGCACUUGCCAGAAAGGUUUCAAGCCCUUUUCGGCAGCUCAACGGAAGACGCACACGUCGGUUCUCCCCCAUGUCUCUCCAACCGCCACCAUUCAAGUUAGAAAAGGGAAGAAAGAGGUUUGAAUUUCGUCAUCACUCCCAGAGCUCGGACCGCGAUCCUCUUUUUGCAAAGGGCGGAGUAUACGAAUUUCAGGGGUUGUCCAGUGACACUGGAAAUACGCGCAGCGACACAAACCACAUCACGGCCUCUGAAUUGGGUGAUGUGAUUGAUGACAGCCACUCCCUGCGUGAUUCGAGCUCGUCUCAAAGCUCCACCGGCACUGUCCAUAGCUUUCCGUUCCCGCUCAUCCCGCUGCCUGAAGCUGCGCGUCUUCAGGCUGUCGAAAGAGAAACUGGUACCGGAAGCUCAGCUACCGACACCUUCAGGGCGCGCAAUACAGCAAGCAAGAAGCGCACACGUCAUUCCCAUCGCAUCCGUGUCCCGGAACGCGCUUAUCCACGGGCACCGACUCGGUUUGCCUCCGUCUUUGCCUCAAGCUCCACUCGGUCCUCCAAGCAGAGCAACAGCCUGAAGAAACGGCGCACGCUGCCCAAGGACCUGACGAUGCAGUCCGCCAUGAGUUCCACGACAGCAGGCGGAACGUGGGCUACAAUUCUUCCUUUCGGAAGCACAGGCACUCGCCAUGGCGGCCCAACCCACAUGCUCAAAUCUGCUGCAACAAGGCUGCGACUGGACGACCUUGCCCACCGCUUCCAGGAGCGGCUGAGACCGAGCUUUACAGUUGGUAGCAGUCUUAUCAGCCACAGCAGCCAGCCUCGACUGUACCCUUGGGAUUACAAUGCACGCCGUCGGCAGCGGACACGGGGAACCGAUCCUGAGCUUCAAGCCAUUGCACUCCAGGAAGCCGGGUCUCAACGGGAUCUGGAGCGCAAUGGCGUACCUCUGGAUCCCGAGGCCUUUAUCACCCAUGAAGGACGGCAGCGGCGCCAGACUUGGUUCUAUUGCAUGCUGGCGGUCAGCAUCUUCCCUUUUAUUUCCGUCAUGGUGUAUUUGGGUAAGUUUGACAGCGGGCUCUCAUGGUACUCGAAGGGUGAGGUCGACCGUCUCAACGCCCGGCAGCGCCGAGUCAUCCUCGUCGUGAUGGUCCUCCAAUUUGUGCUUUGGCCAAUGAUUCUAGGAUUGGUGAUUUGGCGGACACAGCAGCUGCCUAGGCUCAGCUAG